AUGUCCGAUAGUCGAAAACUGCAAACUUACAUGGCAUAUAGAGAACAUCUUAGAUGGCUGCUGGACUUUGCAGGUUUAUGGCCCUCGGAAGAUUCAAGCCCGGCAUAUCGUAUGCUGCCUUAUUUGCAGAUUGUUGUUGGUUGCGGUGCUGCUAUGAAAAUUGGGAAUUUUAUCGCACAUCAUAUAACAAGCAUCCGAAUAGUGACAAGAGCUAUGAGCAUCAUGACGAGCAUCAUCUUGAACAUGUUUAGAGUAGUGUGCCUCGCAAGAAAUCGCGAACCACUGAUAAAAGCUCGCAAAAUUCUGGACACUUAUUUCGAUGAACUUUUGGUCCAUGAAAAAAUGAGGGAAGUUGUCUUGCACGAUGUGAAACUCUUUCGACGGCUCAGUUUAUUCUACACAGUAUUAACAUUUUUCGCUCUAUUUGGAUACGUACUAACUCCCCUCAUCAUCAUCAUCAAACAACAUAUGCGUCACGUUCAAUCUGUCAAGUAUCCUCUCAUACUACUAGGAAUGUAUCCGUGGAUUGUACCCGACAACAUCUUUAUUUACUCAGUACACUACGUUUUUGAAGCAUUCGCCCUUUUCACUGUAUUUUAUGUGAGUUCCGGGACAGAUGCAUUCCUUCCAUUACUCGUUUUUCAAGUUAAGGGAAAACUCCAUGCAAUGGCAUAUCGCUUGACACAGCUUGGAGAAAAAGACAAUAUUGAUGAUGAAAUGAGUCGAUGUAUUCGAGAUUACAUAGCCUUGAUGGAAUGCCGGGAUAUAUUGGAAAAAACUUUUGGUCCUAUAAUACUACUUUUGAUGAGCAACAAUGCAAUCAUACUGUGCGCUCUUAUCUUUCAAUUCACACAGAUGAAGGCCAUAACAAUCGUUCAAAUCAUACAGUUUGCAGCAUACAUUUGUGGGAAGACCACUCAAACUUUUUUAUACAGUUGGUCAGGCACGCUUAUGACAUCAAAGAGUGAAGAGUAUCUGGAUGCUGUGUAUGCCUCAAAUUGGUACGGAAAUCCCAAAGGAAUGAACUCUGUCUUAAUCACCCUGAAUCAAAGACCACUGACCAUGACGGCCUGGCAUAUGUCUGUUGUGUCAGUCGAUAUGUUCGUGAUGGUUCUCAAUACAACAAUGUCAUACUUCCUCUUAUUACAAACGAUUGAACAAGGCUGAUUUAUUAGUCUCAGGAAGAGACGAUCUGUC